AUGGUUGUUAUUGAUUGGCUUCAAACAUAUGAGUUUGUUCGAGUGAACGCUGAAAAAUUUAUUUUAUAUUGUUUAUGUGGUUGUUUAACUGGUAUUAGUAUUAUUUUAUUCGCAGUUACGAUAAUAUUAUGUAUUGAAAAAUAUUUUAAAGUACAAGAUAGUUAUCUAUCACCAGAAACAGAUACUAAAUAUGAUGGAAAAAUUAAUGAAUUACCUGUUUAUCGUUAUAAUGGACGAACUCAUAAAGGUUUUUAUGAUGUAUAA